AUGUCGGAGAUUAUACGGGAGGCUGAAAAGGUGGUCCACGGGCACCAGCACGACACAAAUAACACGGGUAAGGGUGAAUCACACGAUUCAAAAUUACCAAACAAGCUUGAUUCACGAAUUCGGACGGAGCAUGAUGAUGAUACUUUUUUGUCGCAACCCAAUACUGUCUCCAGGGGUGUACAAACUUCGGGAAGUAUCAUGACAGAUGAGUCCACGGGUACCUACUCGACCAAUGUCGCCAAGCAGAUUGACCAGCAUGCUUCUUCUGGCGAUGACCACUAUACCCCGAACAAUACUACAGACGCAAGGCCAGCAAGGCCUACCAAACAGGAUACUCUGGUUCCAAGCCAUUGA